UGGACCUUUUUCACAUUUCCAGGUUUUUCAGUCUUGUGAAAAGGGUCCAUUGUACUUCAUGGAUUUUUGACGGUUUGGUGUAGUGUAAUAUGAUUUGAAAAAGGUUUCAUUUAUAAUACCAUUCACAAUUUUGGACACAUUGAUUAAAAGUUGUUUUCUAUGUUCUUAAAAAUGUUUAAUCUAGUUUUGUAGACACAAAGAUAUGACUUAGUUUUUAAAAAAAUUGUAAUGAAUGAAUUAUUUUUUUAAUGAUUCAUUAAGUAGAUGAGUAGGCAUAGAUAGUGAAAGAAAGAAGCCGGCAGUUUCAGUUUCAUAGUUUUGAUUAUUUUGUUUAUAAUACAUGUGGAAAAUAGUUAAAUUAGUAAUUAAAUUGGUAUUAGUUAUAAAAAAUAGGUGUCAAAAAUUUUAACUAGUGGUAGAGUAUGCCAUUAAACUAACAUGUCAUUUAAAUUCAGUUUGGAAAAUCAUCUAAAAGGGUGAACAGUAAACACUUGAAGUGAGUUAAAUAUAGAUAUUAUUGUUAUAUAGACAAAUACAGGACAAAACUACUUGAGAUCUUGUAUUAACCCCAAGUUAAGAAAAAAACUGUGGAUAAAUGUGAGAAACCAGUUUUGAUGACACAUACAGUUACAGGCUAUAUAGUGAGUGAAGUUCAAAAAUUACAACAACUUCAGCACUGGACAAACACACAAAACCUUCGUUCCCUAUAAAAAGGUAUGUUGGGCUCAUGUUCUUUAAACAAAAUAUCUACACUGAUUUUUGAAAUCAUGUUGAUGUCAUAUCUCACAAUGUACCAAGUAUUUUAAGCAGAUACCACAUAUUUGUUAUAUGACUGUAAUUGAAAAUUCUCCCUUUUUUAUGCAGAUACAUUCUUUAUUUUCCAUAAAGAAGACGAAUCCACCCUAGAGAGCGAUGGCAGCAAUAGUUACCGGGCUCAUCCCAAUCCUCCGCACUGCGGUGGACUCCACUGCCACCUAUAAGGGUCGCACCAUGUGGUUCGGCUUGCUCUGCAUCCGCCUAGUGACCGUCUUUCUUGCUCAGUUUCCAUGGAAAAGCCUAAACGAGGAUUUCCAGUGUAACAGCACUGACUCCUUCUGUAAUAAAGCUUGCUUUAAUACACACUUCGACAAUGCUGUAGUGAUGGCGUGGCAUUUCCUCUUCAUCCUUCUUGUGCUCUCGGUUCUUCUCAUGGAGCUGUUUUCCUCCCAUUUUCAAUCUUCAUUCCAGAAGAAGAAGGAGAGAGAAAUGGCAUCUCAAAGCGAGCAGGGAGCUGUCACUGAUCCCACCAUGACUAUUGGUGGUAGGAUGAUGAUAGACCUCCACAAGAGCAAAAGCAGUGUGGUGGUGUACCUGUUCAGCGUCAUGCUGCGGAUUGCAGUGGAGGUUUUGUUUGUGUAUGUCUUGCUGUGCUGGGUUCUGCCUAAACUGAAUGAAGAGUCAUACCUUUGUUAUGCACAAAAGUUUGGUACGUGUUCAGUACAGCAGUGUGUGGUCCGAGGGGCAGCAGAAAAGAGAAUGUCUGUCUAUGCAUUACUGUUUAUAUCUGCCCUGGUUAUUAUAACAAGCGGUCUGUUCUGUCUCUACUCAAUAGGCCACUAUCUCUGUGAUGGUUAAAAAAAGGUUCCCAUUGAACACAAGCAUAUAUAUAUAUAUAAUUUUUUUUUAU